GAGAGAAGUGCAUGACUAUGGAGGGACGCUCAUCCAUGGCUGAACCUCCCUCUUGAUUUCUGGAUUCCGGUUGGCCAUGGGGAGAUUUUCUGCCCGCAAGGCCUUGAAGAAUGUCACACAGAAAUUUCGAUUGAAGAAGGAAGUUAAAACUGCCCAUGAUUUUGUAUCUUUUUGGGUCAAGAUUAUUCCACAGCAGUUUUGUGCGGAGGCUGAGAGGCUCUCAGUUGAGGAGGCCAUUCGUAAAUCGGGUGGAGAUGUUCAUGUUGGAAAUUUCCUUCCCAAUAGGACAUUGAUCCCUGAUGGUGUGAAGGAUGACCAUCAUGGUGAUGAUGAUGAUUUCCCCACUCCGAAGGAUUUUCGAGUCAACUUGGAUGCCAACCACAAGACUAUAGCUGAUUCCCAUCGAGCUGUGGAAUCGAAAAUCUGGAGGGUUAUCCGGUUUAGAAAGUUUAAUAUCAGUUUCGAUUUAGAUUUGCAGAAGCGAAGUCACUGAUUCAGGAUGCUAAGGUGGAUCGAGCAUCUUCUGACCCACUUUGACCGGAGUGGGUUCGAGUGAUGUCCUCACAAGCAUGGAACAAUGGAAGCUCCAGGCAUGCAUGCAACCUGUGAAAAGGAAGAUUGGAACAAGGGAUUUUGGCCUCCUUGAGCUCAACUGAUUUUGCGUUCUAUUUGUAUUCUGGGUAUGCCCAGUUUUGAUUAUAUUUGUUACUACUUGUCUACAAGCCUUGGGCCCUGGGUAUGCCCAGGUUUGAUUGUAUUUGUUUCUAGGUUAUUCCUAGUUUUGAUGCUACUUAUUCUAGAUUGGGAGUUUUGGCCUCCCUUUUCGGUGUAUGUUUCAAAAUUUUCUAUACAUAUUCCUUUGAUCAAUAUAAUUUACUCUUUACUGAUCAAAA